CAGUCGGCAAGCAGUCCGGACCCGGUCACGAGACCCGUUGAAUUGAGUUUCCGAGAAUUUUGCAGUCGUCUCUGUAUUCUCAAUGGGUCAUGUUUCCAGACGGCUGUACUCGUCGCUGGCUGUUUCGACAGCGCACCUGAAACACUUUCCACCCAGAGAAGCAACACUCAGAACAAAAAAAGCGACCUUUGAUCCCGAAACAUGGGCUGCUCUUCAACCGCCCCCGCCUUCGGCACUCAUGGCCUUCUCUCAUCGAAUAGGUCUCGGAGCCGUGCUGACGACACCAGCAGCCGUCCAACGCGCUUGCACGCACAAGUCGUUCCUGAAUUUGCAUACAAGAUAUUACCCGUUGAGCCCACCGCCUCCCAAUAACGCGAAUUUGGCCGUCCUUGGAAACGCGCUCAUGGGUCUGUUUGCAUCAGAACACCUGCAUGCCACAUAUCCCCACCUCCCCACCCGUGUCUUAAAAGCCGCUGUCAGCGCACAUGUUGGUCCGUUAACGUGCGCAAGUGUCGCACAGGAAAUGGGUGCCGUGCCGCUCCUCCGUUGGCAUAGACAGCCUGCAACGCCUACUUCACCGGCAUUAUUGCACUCCGAUGCACUUGCUUCGAUACCACGUGCAUUGACCGCAUUGGUAUACCAAGAACGAUGUCUUGCUUCCGCACGCAAAUUCGUCUACUCGUUCUUCCUCGGUCGACGUGUGGACAUCCGAGCUAUGCUAAAAUUCCGUGAUCCCAAACGCGCACUCAUGGAAACUGUGGCAAAAUUCCAACGAGAGCCUCCUAAAUCCAGAUUGUUAAAGGAGACGGGUCGAUUCUCCAACUCUCCAAUAUUCGUCGUUGGGAUUUAUACUGGCACAGACCAACUAGGGGAAGGCUUUGGUAGUUCGCUGAAAAUGGCUGAAUACAGGGCCGCAGAGGAUGCGCUACAUAGAUUGUACCUCACUCGUACACCCGCCCAUCGCCUUACGCUUCCCUCAUCAACAUUUGGUGAAGAUGCUAAUAUUUACAACCUGACCAAUCCGGCUCCUUAUACACCAGGUGAACUGGGAGAGUCAGAGGCCUUAUAUGCCAGCUCGGGCCGAAGUGGGAUAUUGGCACCUAGGCGGCGGGUACUUGAGGUAGAGUCGUAAGGACCGCAGAGAUUGUAGAUUCGGUUCACUGCUUACAGUAAAGGAAACGGGUCAAUUCUCUCCGAUAUUCGUCGCUGGGGAUAUACUGCUACCUGUGAUAUCUAAUGUCCGCCACAAUGCAAUUGCUGUAUACCAGAUG